UCAGAUCUACUCCCCAGAAGUCACAACUGCUACACCCACAACGGACAUAUGUACUUAAAACCCACAUUAACGUCGGACAAGUUUGGACUGGAUUUUCUAUUUCACGGCACACUGGAUGUAAAAAAGCAGUGGGGCUACUGUAAUCCAACGUGGAACAAUGGCUGCUACAGGAACGCCCCCAAAGAUCAUUCGAUCAUACCACCUAUAAUGUCAUGCUAUAUGCGCUCUAAAGUUUCCUUCAAGUAUGGGAAACUGGAGAUCAUGGCCAAGAUGCCCAAAGGCGAUUGGUUGUGGCCAGCUUUGUGGCUGAUGCCGAAACACGCUCAUUACGGACAAACGCCGAGAUCGGGGGAGAUUGAUGUCGCCGAGCUCCUGGGAAACACGAACUAUGGCAAUCUGGGCAUACAAAGAACCACUGCCUCUCUACACUUUGGUAACGAUCGAAGUCACGACAAACACUAA